GGGAUGACGCAGAAUCUGGGGACUCGGACAGCAGUGGCCCACCCGGAACUGAGACAUGCGCCAUCUGUCUGGGGAAAAUGCGUGGGCAGGUUGGCUCUCCGGCUUCCUGUGAGCAUACCUUCUGCCUGGACUGCAUUUUGGAGUGGGCUAAGACCAAUCCAACUUGUCCCCAAGAUCGCAUAGCAUUUGAGGUUGUACUUGUUCGAAAAUGCUCUCGGGGCAGCAUUGAAAAAAGAGAUUCCGGUCAGUAAACAAGAGGAAGAAGAAGUUUUUAUUCCAGAGGAACAUCCAACUUACUGUGAGGUGUGUAACUACUGUGACCGGGAAGAAAGGCUGCUGCUGUGUGAUGGGUGCGACUUAGGCUACCAUUUGGAGUGCCUAGAUCCACCACUUACACAUGUUCCUCUUGAAGAGUGGUUUUGCCCAGCAUGUGUUGCUGCUGAAGUGCCAAGUGUUGUCCUGAGCAGACAGCAGAGCAAUGAAGUGCGAGCCCCCCCAUCCAGAGGUGGACGCUCUCGCUCACAGUCGUCCUCAAGGCAGUCCCGGCAGCCACGCCUCAUCCCACGCACAGGGGCAACAGAAAGGAUCAGAGCCAGGAUACAGCUCAACAGAAACAAAAAGAAAUUGAAAAGAAAGAGACGCAAGGAGAGGAAGAAAGC